AUGUCAACUCAGUUCUUGAGUUAUGUGCUAUGCUAUUUGUUCAUCUGGUGUGAUGAAUGUCGGUGCUUGGUCCUCAUACCCCACAUCCCUCCUCCCCUCCCCAUCUACAAGUCUUUCCUCUCGUGCUCAUGCUCCCCCUUCAUCCCCAUGCCAUUCCCUUCUCCCCCUCUACCCUCUUUCCCCUCCCUGCCUUUCCCUCCUUCCACUCACGGGCAUAGCGCGAGAGGAGGAGUGGAACGAGACACGGGCAUAGCGAGCGAGGAGGAGUGGAACAUCAGCCUACAGAACGCGCCUCUUAACGAGUCGGGCCUUAACGAGGACGGCAAGCUCGUGGUAUCGGGAGAGCGGGGAGGACGUGGGGGAGAACGGGUUACCGGCGCGGAGAAGAGUGGGCGGAACGCUGUGGGCGCGAGCUGGUGGGAGACGUGGCAGGAGGUGCUGAGGAGGGAUGAAUGGAGUGGCAUCGCUUGCAUCGAGCGCAGUGCACAUAAGCAGCCCAAGUGUGGCAUCGCUCGCAUCGAGCGCAGUGCACAUAAGCAGGCCAAGUCGCGAACUGAUGCCUGGACCGAGAAGUGGUGGGAGAAGUACAACGAGCGUGGGUGGACGGAAAAAGGCGCGUAUAAGUUUGGGCGGCACGAGGGGCAGUCGUGGUGGGAGAAGUGGGGCGAGCAAUACGACGGGCGAGGAGCAGUGCUUAAAUGCAGCAUGAGGGGCAGUCGUGGUGGGAGAGGUGGGGCGAGCAGUACGACGGGCGGGGAGCAGUACUCAAGUGGUGAGAUGCUUGUAUGGACGGACAAGUGGGCGGAGCAGGACGACGACGGCAGCAAGUGGGGCGACAAAUGGGAGGAGCGAUUCACCAAUGGGUGGGCGGAGCAGGACGAUGAUGGCAGCAAGUGGGGCGACAAGUGGGAGGAGCGAUUCACCAAUGGGGUGGGCAGGAGACAAGUGGAAACGUGGCACCUGUUGCCCUCUUCCUCCCGUGAGUUGACUCCUCUCUCUGCGGCUGGCUGGUCGAGAACGUGGGGAGAGGAGCACUACGGUGACGGCAAGGUGCACAAGUAUGGGAGGAGCACGAGCGGGGAGGUGUGGGACGUGGUGGUUGAAGAGCCUACAUAUUACGAGGGCAUGCCUCACUACGGCUGGGCAGAGGCAACUGCCAACUCGCUGCAGCUGCUAGCGAUAGAACCCAUGGAGAGAGGAGGAGAGGCAACGAGAACAAAGGGAAAAACACAUGACCAGACAGUAAACGAACGAAGAGAAUAUAACAAAUACGUUGAGCGAGAACAACGGAGACCGAGAGCGAGAGCGAGAGCGAGAGAGAGAGAGAGAGAGAGAGAGAGAGAGAGAGAGAGAGAGAGAGAGAGAGAGAGAGAGAGAGAGAGAGAGAGAGAGAGAGAGAGAGAGAGAGAGAGAGAGAGAGAGGACGAGAGAGCGAGAACGAGAGAGUGGACGAACGAGAGAGAACGAACGAGAGAUUUGACAAAAGAGAACGAGAGAACGACAGAGACGGAACGAGAGAGAGAGAGAGAGAGAGAGAGAGAGAGAGAGAGAGAGAGAGAGAGAGAGAGAGAGAGAGAGAGAGAGAGAGAGAACGAGAGAGAGAACGAGAGAGAGAACGAGAGAGAGGGAACAAGAGAGAGGGAGAACAAAAGAGAGAGAGAGAGAGAGAGAGAGAGAGAGAGAGAGAGAGAGAGAGAGAGAGAGAGAGAGAGAGAGAGAGAGAGAAAGAAAGAGAGAGAGAGAGAACGAGAGAGAGAGAGAGAGAGAGAGAGAGAGAGAGAGAGAGAGAGAGAGAGAGAGAACGAGAGAGAAAGAAAACGAGAGAGAACGAGAAAGAGAACGAGAGAGAGAACGAGAGAGAGAAAACGGGAGAGAGAGAACGGGAGAGAGAGAACGGGAGAGAGAGAACGGGAGAGAGAGAACGGGAGAGAGAGAACGAGCGAGAGAGAACGGGAGAGAGAAUGGGAGAGAGAGAACGAGCGAGAGAGAACGGGAGAGAGAGAACGGGAGAGAGAGAACGGGAGAGAGAGAACGGGAGAGAGAGAACGAGCGAGAGAGAACGAAAUGGACUGA